AUGGUGUCUUUUAAACUCUCAUUUACACUUGUUUGUUUCUUUACCCUAGCAAUUCUUCACACCAUCAAUGCCCAAAACUCCCAACAAGAUUACUUAGAUACUCACAAUGCAGCUCGUGCCGAAGUGGGUGUCGCAAACAUUGUAUGGAAUGCCACUGUGGCUACGUAUGCUCAAAACUAUGCUAACCAGAGGAAAGCCGACUGCAAUCUUGUCAAUUCUGGUGGACCUUAUGGCGAGAACCUUGCUAAAGGUAGUGGUACCUUCUCAGGCACUGCAGCAGUGAAUUUAUGGUAG